AAAGGCAAUGGGGAUGAGUCAGCAAACUGUCACAGCAAGCUGCUAGGCUCUUGGGUAUACAUGAGGACACAUUCACCUGAUGACCUUCGGUCGGUGCAGUAUUGCACUACGUCACACCGAGAGGUGAUUUUGAUUCUGAAAAUAUUCCACUUCUCGCGGCUACCCCUGGAUACAAGGGGUGGAUCGCACAGGAUGUUGUCGCAGCACGUGCCAGCGACAAGAUCUGGCGGGACACGAAUAACAACACGUUCACCUCCGUUGCACCUCUAACCCCCCCGCUGUGAGAGCUGCAUCUGAUCCAGAGGCACCUGAAGAAUUCACAACUCGGGCCAAGGUGGGACGGGACGGUUCUUGCCUCGUGCGCACCCCCCCCCCCCACUCUUGUCACUUGACCACGGCGCUUCCACGCGCAUAGAGAGAAAAGACGAGCUGCGUGGCGGUAAAUGUCAACAAACGUGCGGCUGAACAGCAGGGGGGAGGAGAAAGAAGAGAGAAAAAAAUCUUUAUUUUUUUUGCGCGCGUAAGUUGAGUCCAUCUUGAGCGGUCGGUCUCUCCACACAGACGCCGCCGCCGCAUGCACGAUGAGGCUGGGAAGCAUCUUCUUAGUCGUGGCUCUUUGCUCCUUUAGCGCUUAUUAUAUUUACGAGCCCAUUCCUGAAAAUAUAGACGAGAGAUGGAAACUCAUGCUGACCGACACGUUCUUCAGAAGUCUCAGCCACCUGGCAGAUUUCAGUGAAUUAAUAGGUCUGAAGGACUACAUGGGAGUAAUGUACGUUAUCACCUUGCUUGAAAAGAUCGCACCGGUUUCCGACAAACACCUCAACGUGACGGUGGAGGCGUUCGACGGGGUGGAGGUGCUGCUUUACCAACCCAAGCAGCAAAGUGGUGAGCUGGAGCUCAGGAGGGCUCUCAUCUACCUGCACGGCGGAGGAUGGUGUCUGGGCAGCUCACAUAUGGGCCCGUAUGAUUUCCUGGCCAGAAAAGUGGCUACCGAGCUAGACGCUGUCAUUCUCUCCGUAGAGUACCGCCUUGCCCCUCCUCACCACUUCCCUGUUCCGUAUGAGGACGUAUAUCGUGUUGUCAAGCACUUUCUCCAAAUAGACGUGCUCGCCCAGUAUUCUGUAGACCCAGGCCGAAUUGCGGUCUCCGGUGACAGCGCCGGGGGGAACCUGGCAGCCGCUGUGACCCAACAGUUACUGAAGGACCCAACACAAAAGGUUCAGUUCAAAGCCCAAGCCCUCAUCUACCCUGUGCUCCAGGCACUGGACCUGAACACGCCAUCUUAUCAGCAGAAUCAAGACAUGCCCAUUUUACCACGUACCCUCAUGGUACGGUUCUGGAGCGAGUACUUCACCAGCGACAGGGCAUUUUUCAGAGCCAUGAUGGCCAACGCCCACAACAACCCGGAGUCUUCCAGCCUGUUGAAGUUCGUCAACUGGAGCGCCUUCCUGCCUGAAACGUAUCACGGAAAAUAUAAUUACAGCGCCCCCGAAGUAGCGCAGAGAGAGGCGGGGCUAUCGUUUGAAUCUUUAUCCGACCCGAGGGCGUCCCCGUUGCUGGUUCCGGACGCGGCCUUGCGCGGUCUACCCAAAGCCUACAUCAUGACAUGCGAGUACGACGUCCUGAGAGAUGACGGGAUUAUGUACGCCACGCGACUGCGCGCCGCCGACGUGGAAGUGACGCACGAACACUACGACUCGGGAUUUCACGGAGCCAUCAUGUUCACCGUGUGGCCGACGGACUUCCGCAUCGGUCACCGCAUGACGGACAACUACAUCAAAUGGCUCGAGGAAAACUUGUAAAAGAAACCCUGACAUUCACGCAAGGGUCGUUGAACCCGAAUUCUCUCAGUUCGGCAUUCAUCUUUGUAAAUAUAGUAGAUUGGGAAAUUGUCUCGAGUAUAUUUGUCACAUCUUUGACACUGUAAGAUUAUAAAUACAUAUUAGAGUUGUUGCUUUUUUACUUUGAACGGUGUUUGAAAAUCUUGGUUUUAAGGAAUCGACAUGUAUAGCGGGAGACUAGAUUCCCCAAGAGAUGCUGUUUCGGUUCCCCCCCCAAACACAGGAGAGCAUCAAAAAUCGUUUCUUGACUACUUUCAUUCCGAUAAGGUUCCCACGUGUCCCUGAGUCUUUUCAGAAACGGAUUUCCUAGUCUUAGAAAGUAUUCACUGCCGUUGAUGGCUAUAGAUGUCAAAGAUCCAUUUUGACCGGGCUUGGCAGUGAAUACGUUCAAAUCCAACGUACUCCUUGAAACUGUCUCAGCAAGUUCUUAGUGUGGGAACACGGUGUCCUUGAGUGAAACAUUUCUUUGGAUGUUUAAGAUUGCAGCGAGUGUCCAAUCGAUCCGGAAGCACAGUUUCCCGACAUGCCAAUCAAUAUAGGUACACUUUAAAGAUUUCUUAAUGGGGGUAAAUGCGGGUAAACAAUUUAUCGUAAAGGACGAUUCAAAUAAGCGAGCCCCGCCUCUGCUUAUGUCAAUGUAAAUAUUUGUGUGAGUUUAUUCUUCUGUAUUGUAUGUAGUAGGUGUGCUUACAUGUGUUAUUACAAUCCCCCUUUGGAGAUCCGCUCCUGAAAUCCUCCAGCGCUACAAAGGGAUAAUAACAGUAACGUGAAAUGGAUUAUAAGAGACUCUCCGUGAGAGAGCGAGAAAAAAAAGAACGUAUAGUGCUGGUUAAAUGGAUUACACUUGCAUAAUGUAUGGAAUGUGCAAAACACAAUUCUGUUUGCCUGUAGUAUUACGAGUACACGCACUUCGUAAACCUCGAUAUUCCCUUUCGACUUUGGCCAAACUGUCGAGAUGGAUUCAGUUCUCAUGUUUUUAUUUUGGGAAUCUUAGACACAUGGCAUAUAUGGUACACAUGGGCACCAUGUUGGAUGUUCACUAUACUGGACAUUGUUUACUAAAACGGGGAACAAACUGAAGUUAGCUUUUAAAGGUUAAGGUUACUGACACUCACGCAAAUUCAAAAUGUUUCUAUUUUUUACAGUGAGUAUGUUAUUGUGAGCUGUAUCAAAUGGAGAAAGAAAGUUUGUGGCGCCACGGGGCCGCAAAAAAUAUAGACUAGCCAAAAAGCCCUUUCCCUCGUAAUCAUGUUGCUGACGUACGAUCAAUAAAAUAAUAACUACGAA